AUGUUCACCAACGAUCAGAGGCAAGCUGAGCGCACAGGGAGACAUGGCACACCUAGGCUCCAAUACCUUCAGGUAAUGCACUAAAUAUAUUUAUUUAUGUAUCUAAUGAAUUCUGUAGCUGUUACUGAUUAGAUGACCUUGUGGAGUCCUUGUGGACAUUUGUAUCUUUCUCUGCAGGAGCUAGUGGCCCAGUUUCAAAAUGCAACCAACGAAGGUAAAUCGUUGGAUUUUUACAAAAUUUUGUGUUUUCCUUGUGUUACUUGAGAAUGUAUUUUCUAUUAGUUGUGAAUUCCAUAAGAUAUAGAUUUAUUUCUUUCCUGUUUCUAUUCUAGACGUGAGACGUUUUGGUCGCCACAUUUUGUAGCAAAAAAUUCUGAAAAUACUAAAGUGAUUAUGCUCGCAUUGUUACAGAAGGUGGAGUUUAGAUGAUUAUGGCCAAAAAAAUCAGUCACUCAUGUUUUCAUUACUGAACAAUGAGGCUCCUCAUUCUUAUCUAUCUUCUGUUUGUUUCCAUUAUUUAAACUCGCAGAAUAAAAUGGGACGAAUCUAUCUGAUAUUUUUUCCUAGCCCAUCAUAGGGUGGGUUUAAAGGGGUCUUCUUGAUUGUCUUACCGUCAUCUGUUUCCUGGUGUUCAUGGUCAUGAAGCUCUGUUAUUAGUCGUUGUUGUCUCCUAUUUAACAUCCUUAGACAUUGAAAAUCUGAGUCAUUCCCCCAUGCCUGGUAGAACGUCACUCAUAGUGGAGAUGUGCAUUUUUGUUCGAUCUGAUUUCUUUCGAAACAUAAUGUUGAGGAUACAAAGCUCUUGGUUUGUCACUAUGCUUUCCCAAUAAUGCAUUUACUUUUGGUGGCUGCUAUAGUGCGGUGAAUCUCAUCAUUUCUCUUCAUUUUUUUAUUUUUUAUUUGCAGAAUUGAAAGAAAGAAUUGCUGCUCAUUUGGCUAAUUUUGCAUAUGAUCCUUAUAAUUAUUCGUUCCUACGUCAGGUAUUAACAUUAUUGUUUGAAAAACUUUAUCUGGUUCUGUCUUGAUUUAAUCCAUUGUUGAAAUCUUUACUGUAUAGAGCAGCUCAAUGUCUUGGAACUGUUCUUGGACUGCAUCACAGAGUCAAACGAAAAACUUGUGGAAUUUGGGGCUGGUGGAAUCUGCAGCUCUUGUGUUGGUAUGUUAUAGUGCCUCCCCAAUACACCUGCCCUGAAUUAACUUAGAGAACUAGUAGUAAAGAAAUAAGUAUGCUGACAUCUACGGGGUUUGCUGAUAGAGAAAUAUAUCAUUCGCAUGCGGGCGUCCUUUUUGGACAUGAGAACGCGAGUGCCGUAUAACUUGUGUGUAUAAAACGAAAUUCAUUAUGCUUUUCAUGCAUAACAACAUCAAGUUAAACAGAUAAAUCUCAUCAUUCUGUGAAAUGACGUUUCGGUGAGAAUGAACCAUUUUAAAGCAUUACACAGUCAGACAUGACAUCAAGAAUGAGUUAGCUUCUUGAAAAAUAUGGCAAUAAAGUCUCAUGCACAGCAUCAGGAUGCGGGUCUCGUGUUGCUGACUCAGAUUUACUGUUAGAAUCCUGGGCACUAUUCCAUUCUGUUUUUUUACAUGUGUCGGGUGUGUCGUCUUUAGACGAUUUUGGCGAUCUCUGAAUGUGUUUGCGGCGUUUUCAAGGAGACUCCACCAAUCUUCUCUGUGGAGCUUCCAUGGUUGUGACGGUAGUUGCCGUAUACGACUUUUUCAAUGGUUUAACGCCGAUGACCUCGGAAAAUAUAUUUUCGAGAGGUCACAAUCUUGGUCACAUUGGUUUUCUAGAGAGGUUGAGUGGUGUGACCAAACCGUGUGCUCUUUUUUUCUCUCUCUUAACAUGACCACCUUUAACGAGAAUAGGAUGUACCAGUAAAGUGCAUUGUGAAUAACUGGUAUGGUCAUCUGGUCACUUAACAAGCCCAACAAGGGAUGCCAUAUAUUUCCUGUGCAGUGUUUGUCUUAGUUAUGCAAUUUAUUUAGAAAAUGUUGGUUGACGUUUCAGACCCAGCAAAUGCUGCAGUGAUUGUGGAGUGCGGUGGGAUCCCUCUGAUCAUCAUGUGCUUAUCUAGCCCUGUUAAAAACACUGUAAGCAGACUAAUUCCCUCAUUAGCUGAAUGGCAUGCAGCUGCUGGUUAAUGUUCAUUUUUCAAUGGACAGAUAUGUUAGAACAGAUAACAUGGCACGUGUAGAAUUCUUUUUAAAAAAUCAAAUUGUUUUUAUUUUUUACGUUUGAGUUCUGUUUAUUAGGCAGAUGUUCCCUUUAGGAUAUCUGAAUUUCUCUGACAAGUUCCAACUUCCCUUUAGUCCUCAAUCCUUGGAAGUGAAGUAUUCCGAAAGAAGUCUUGUACAUUUUAAGUAAUACCAGCUGAAUGUCCUUAAUACAUAUCUUUCCAAGUAUGCCGAUUAUGAAUUUCCAAUGCGCCAUCCAGUUUUUUGCCAAAGAUCUUUCUUGUGCUACACCCUUAGCCUCAACCAGCUGCUCCUUUACCAUACGAAAAUCUGAAAGGUCAACCUCCGGAGUGAAACAAUGGAACAAUGGCAUCAGUACCUUCAUGGUACUAGAAGAAGCAGGGACUGCUAGCCUGAGUGCCACCUCAACGUUUUUUUCCUUCAACUGUUCCACUGCACUACUGGCCCCUUUCUUUGACUGAGACCUGGCAACAAGAACAUGCCCCUGAGCGACCAGCAAGCGCAGUCUCAGUGUGCUUGGCCACAUAAAUCGAAGCUUUUAUUUGUGUACACAACUGACCUAACGGGCAACUCUGAUGAUGUAGCAUGCUGGUAAAAAAAUUAUAGGUCAAAAUGAUGCUCUUUUAAUAUUUUCAUAAAAAAAUUAGAUUUUUGAGUAUUUUCUUCCUCUCACUUUUUCUACAUUGGGAAAGAGUAAAAAAUUCACAGAAGAACUUUUUUUUUGGAUAUUUAGGUAAAAGGAAAUCAUUUUUUCUUGGAAAAAAAAUAGUAAAAAAAGCCAAAUUUAGCAUUUUCUUCUAAGCAUUUAAAAUAGAGAAACCUGCAUCUUGGAGAAUUUUUCUGCUCUUUCUUUCUAGGACUCUACUCUGAUAGCUACAAGAUUGCUGUCUUUACAGAGGACGGUUAAGAUUCCUUUCGAGUGUAGUUCUUUUACCCAAUGCCCAGACGCUGUUGGCAGGUGAACUCUGCUCUUGGUGCUCUGUACUAUCUCUGCAGCCCAUCAACCAAAGCGGAGAUCCUGAAACCCGAAGUGAUCGAUCUCGUGAGAAGAUAUGCUGUGCCCGGAUCAGAUGAUGUUUGUUUGCGCAAUCUGGCGAUGGCGUUCUUGGACAAGCAUGCGCCGCAAUAUUAG